AUGGUUACGAAAAGCAAGCUGAAGAUGGCCCUAGCGGCAGAGAAAAGCAUAGACUUCAACAAGUUAAAAUUGAAGAAGAAGGAAAAGGCUGCAAAAAAAUCGAAGAGCAAGAAAGGCGGGGAGCUACCAGGGUCUGAGAAGAAACAAGGCGACGAGGAAUGGGAAGAUCUAGAUGAAACGAGCGAAAUUGAUGAGGCUAGUGAGGUAGAAGGGGAAUUGGGCGAUGAGGAUAGUGGAAGUGAGGAGGAGAGUGUUGAUGGCCUCAAUCAUAUUGAUUUCGCAGGCAUCGACGAGAGCGAUAGCGAUUCCUCCGUAGGCGACAAUGACCAAGAUAACGACUUGGAAAAUGACGAAGACGAGGAAGGGAUCCCCAUCUCCGACCUCGAAGACCUCGACGAAGAAGAUAAAGAAGACAUAAUUCCCUACCAACGCCUCACAAUAAACAACACCGUCGCCCUCACAGCAGCGCUAAAACGCAUCGCGUUCCCAAUAGCCAAGCUCCCCUUCUCCGAACACCAUUCCAUUACCACCUCCGAACCAGUCACCAUCCCCGAUGUCUCAGAUGAUCUCAACCGCGAGCUCGCCUUCUACGCACAAUCCCUCUCCGCAGCACAAGCAGCGCGCAAGCUCUUAAAGGCCGAAGGCGUGCCCUUCACCCGCCCUACGGAUUACUUUGCGGAGAUGGUCAAGGCCGAUGAGCAUAUGGCGAAGAUCAAGGCGAAGUUGAUUGAUGAGGCGGCAGGGAAGAAGGCCUCGGCCGAAGCGAGGAAACAAAGGGACCUGAAGAAAUUCGGGAAGCAGGUGCAGGUCGCAAAACUGCAGGAGAGGCAGAAAGAGCGCACGCAGACCUUGGAGAAGAUUAAGGUGAUGAAGAGAAAACGCCAAGGCGCAGACAACGAGACUACGAACGAGGCAGAUAUCUUUGACGUAGCACUGGAUGAGGAAUCCGCCAAACCAUCCCGAAAAGACCGUGUGGGCCCGAACAAGCGCCAAAAGAAAGACGAAAAGUUCGGCUUCGGCGGUAAGAAGAAGUUCAAGAAGAGCGGGGAUGCCAUGUCUAGUGGUGACCUGAAGGGAUUCUCUUCUAAGAAGAUGAAGGGCGGGGCUGCAAAGAGACCGGGGAAGGCGAGGAGAGCUAGCAAUAAGUAG